GCGAAUCUGCCAUUUCAGUAAAAGAUCACUGAAGGACAGUACCUGAACUUUCUCUGUCCCGUACAGCGCUCAUUUCGCGGUUGUGUAAUCAAUCAAAUGAAAAAGAAAGCAAUCGCCGAUCUCCAGCACUCCAGGUAAUUUUGUUUUACCCUCAACUACACCAAGAGAUCAGAAUGUGGGAUGUGUUCACUUCAGUAUGUCAGUACUCACAGAGACCAGUUGGUUUCCACAUUGACUGGAUGGUCUAUGGAUAAAUAUGAAAGUCUGCUUGAUUAUCUUAUCUCUUGGGAUGCACUUAGCUGGGAAGAACAUGGGGAUGCCAAUGUUGUGGGCCAUCCCUUGUCCAAGCUGGUGAGAGACCUCCUGGAUGUUAUUGUUUGCAAGGGUGAAAAUGCAUGUACUAGCUUUAUAGAUGCUGUUUCUGCGGCUGAGAAGGCACCAAGUGAGAACAUAACAUGUAUUUCUCUGCCUAAAGACCACUCUCAGCUACUACUUUAUCUUCAAUGUGUACGACCUCAUAUUGUACGUUUAAUCCAUAACCAUGUAGAUGUAGUCCUCCAGCAUCUUUUGCAACAUGGCUGUGUCUCAAAAUAUGAAAUUGACUUCAUACAUUUGCCUAUCUAUUCACCAUCACAAAAGGCAAGGAGACUCCUUGAUCUCUUCAGAGGGAAAGGCAAUGAAUCUGCGAAAUGUCUCAUAGAGUUUAUCUGUCGCAUUGAAAGAGGAGAACAUUUUGUUCCAGAUGUGUGUUCAGCAUAUCAGAAGAAAUUAAAGUGCACCAUUUCUGCUCAGUCACAGUUCCUUAGUACAUAUGAUGGUGGAGAAAAUUUUUAUUUGGAGAACAUUUACACAGAAAGCAUUCUGGAGCUCUCUAAAGGCAGCAAUGUGUCAGAACAUCAGCAGAGCUCACAGAGUCCUCUUGAGCUACAGGAUAUUGUUAAUGCCUAUGGUGUCAUUAAUGAAAAUGCAGAUACAAUCCUCAUACUCGGAGAUGCAGGGAGUGGCAAAAGUACUUUACUUCAGCAUAUACAUCAUCUCUGGGCUGAUGGAAAGGCAUUACAGAACUAUGCCUUUGUGUUCCCAUUUAGUUGCCGAAGUUUGUGCUGUCUUGUAAAGCAGGUUUCGCUUAAGUCUCUGCUUUUUGAACACUGUUGUUGGCCAGAUCACCUUCAGGAAGAAAUAUUCCAGUUCAUUUUGGCAAAUCCCAAAAAAGUUCUUUUUACAUUUGAUGGAUUUGAUGAAUUUAAAUUUAACUUUACUGAUGAUAACAAACACUGUUCUCCCAUGGACCCCACAAGUAUUGAAAACACUGUUUUUAACUUGGUUCAAGGAAACCUAAUGAAGGAUUCUGUGAAAGUAGUGACCAGCCGACCUGAUGCUGUCACAGUUGUUUUACGAAGGCAUGUCAAGAAAGAAUUGAUCUUAAAGGGAUUUUCAGAAGAAGGGAUGGAGAUGUUUAUGAACAAACAUCACAGUGACGCAGAAAUUUCCAAAAAAAUCAUUAGCCUGGUAAAAGCGAACUCAUCUAUUCAUGGCUUAUGCCACAUACCUGUUUUCUGCUGGAUAGUUUCAAAAUGCCAUAAGGAGCUGAUCAUAAAGGGCUGUAGCUCCCCUCAUACUAUGACUGAUAUGUAUAUAUUAACUCUUCAGCAUUUUCUUCUACAUGCUGCACCUGCCUCAAAGCAUUCUGAGAAUAUACUUAAGAAAACUGCCAGCUCCAUUAACCGCCUUGGAAAACUAGCUUUCUGGGGACUAUGUCAUGAGUUAUAUGUUUUUUCACAUCAGCAGAUUCUUGAGUCAAACAUUGCAGAGGAAGAUUUAACUUUGGGAUUUCUUGUUCUUUCUAAGAGCUUUUCUGUAAAUGUUAGAUUACCUAUGCAACACUAUGAAUUUCUUCAUAUUACAUUCCAGUGCUUUUUUGCAGCAUUGUACAUCACAGUGAGUGAUGAUGUUAGUUCUUCUUCUCUUCAACAUUUAUUUAGCUGGACCACUAAUUCAACAAAUGAUUCUUUUGUACAAAGGAUCCCCCACAUAUGUGUCCAGAGAUGCUGGCAGAAAGAGAAUGAAAUCAUGCUACAGACAAUAGAGAAGCACAAUCUCCAGAUUACAGCUAACUUUGUGUCUGGCCUGUUCUCCCAAAAACUUUAUGAUUUACUUGAUGAAUCAUGGCAGUCUAAAAAAUUGCCAAGUAAGUGUGCCACCAUUAAGAGAUGUUUGAGCAAGGGUAUAAAGAAGCACUUUAAAUCAAUACCACCUGCUGUGCCAGGAGAGAAGAAGGCUAUGCAUGCUAUGCCACAGUUUGUCUGGCUUAUAAAGUGCAUUUAUGAGAUGCAGGACAGAAAAUUAGCAAAGAGUUCUGUGAAAGGACUAGAAGUGGACCAUUUUAAGAUAACCUACUGUGGCAUAGGCCCAUCUGAGUGUGCAGCACUAGCGUUUGUGCUGAAGCAUCUGAAAAACCCAAUUGGCAUACAACUUGAUCACAAUUCUGUUGGAGAUAAUGGAAUUGAACAGCUGAUCCCAUGUCUUCAUCUUUGCCAGGCCCUUUAUUUGAGGGACAAUAACAUCUCAGAUAAAGGAAUUUGCAAUCUAUUGGAACAAGCGCUGCACUGGCAACAUUUCCAGAAAAUUGCGUUAUUUAACAACAAGCUAACGGAUAAUUGUACAAGUUCCUUUGCAAAUUUGCUAAGACACAAACAGAAUUUUCUUGCAUUGAGGCUGGGGAAUAACUGUAUCACUGAUGCUGGUGCUGAGAUUUUGGCUGAAGGACUAAAAGAAAACCAUUCAAUCCAGUUUCUUGGGCUUUGGGGGAAUCAAGUAGGAGAUGCUGGCGCUCAAGCUAUUGCAGAGGCUUUAUUUGACAACAAGAGUUUGAUUUGGCUCAGCCUGGUAGGUAAUAACAUUGGAAGUAUAGGAGGAAAGGCCCUAGCUGUUCUUUUGCAAAGAAACACUUCACUAGAAGAACUUUGCCUUGAAGAAAAUAAGCUCCAGGACAAUGAUGCAAUCUUGUUAGCACAGUCCAUUAAGAAAAACUCCACCCUGAGGACCUUAAAGCUUUCUAACAACCCUCUGGGUGAGCAGGGAAUCUCAGCCUUUGCUGAAGCUUUGCAUCACAAUACUACCAUAACUGCAAUCUGGCUCAAAGGAAUACGUUUUACAUCAGACAUGGUACAGAACAUUGGAUAUUUGGAUCCUCGUUUGUCACUGGAUGGAUAAUAUUUAUACUGAAACACAUUAUAUCAAGCCAGUUUUGCAAAUGACAACUGUUGUCAGGGGUUUGGCCAAAGCUGAGGCGACGCACAAAUUUGCUGCGUACGUGCAGCAAAUUUUUUCCGUUUUAUAGGAUCUGAUUGGGUUCGGCCAUGGUCAUGGAUUAAACAUAUUUUCCUUAAGGAACCAGUAAUGACUGUUUACACCACUGAUAUUUCCCUUUAAUAGUAACUGCUAUGAAGCUUACACAAUUAAUAUGAAGAUUUCAAUGGAACUUUAGAAAUAUUUUGCAAAGAAUUGUAUAGAGCAGGACAUGGAAAUGAAGAAAUGAAAGUAGAAGUAGAAGGCCUCCGUACAAAAAAAAAUUAGAGCAAAUGUACUCUAAUCACAUGAAGGCAUCUCUAGUUCAGGAGGUACAUACAAAGAUUGUGGAAAUAAACAGGCUCCAAAACUGCAGAA